AUGAAGAUUAUUCCUCUUUUCUCACUUUUCUUCAUACCUACAUGGACAAUAAACAGUUACCUGGUGGAUGGAUUCGUUUGGGACAAGUCAACCAGAUCGAUUAGUCAGCAAUUUGUCGAGAAUCCACCUCCUAAUCCUCCUAAAUAUCCUCCAAGAUGGACAAUAACAGCCUAUUUCGAAUUUAUAAAUGCGUCGAAUAAUUCGCCUGCUGGUACUGGUAUUUUAUAUCAGUUAAUGGAUUCAAUUAAUCAAAAAUUUCGGGCUGAUGAUUUCUAUUUUGCCGGAACAUUUCCUGUUCCCUAUGAUACUUUUUUUUCAUCAACUGAAGCUCUCAACCAGUAUCAAUACUACGCGAGUCUUACACCAGAUGGAAUAUCCUGUGUUAUAUACCCAGGAAAUCCUAUCAUACUCUCACAAAAUUGGAUAGCAGAGCUAUGUUCAUAUAAUUCGACACUAUAUUAUCAGACAACCAAAGCUUAUCGAUGGAGUUGUGCAACAGAUGUUGUAACUUGGUUUACUGAUACAGCAGCUACUGAUGGACGCCUCAUUUACCAGCAUACAAUUCCACAGCCAUUAUUUGAUGUGUAUCAGCAUUUAUGGUUCACGAACUAUACUGUCGUUGAAGAAGCAUUCGAUCCAACUAUUUUCCUUCCACCAAAAGGAUGGAAUUGUCCAGAUUAUAAACCGCCUAAUCCGUGA